AUGGAGAAGGUUGAACCCACUGUUGGCAGUAAUCUUGAGACUCCAAUUGACUUGGAGAAGGAUGUGAAAGAACAAAGUAAGGAAAAAGAUGCAUUGCCGGCAUACCAACCUAAUCUUCCUUACCCAGUGAAAAUACUGAGAUAUGUUAAAUUCUUGAAAGAACUACUAACAAACAAGGGAAAUCUGGAAGAAGUGUCUUCUGUAACACUUAGUGAGGAAUGUUUGGCUUUGAUCACCAACAAACUGCCCAAGAAAGAGAAAGAUCCUGAGGGUUUUAUUGCUCCUUGGAUGAUCAGUGGUUUAGUUGAUGAGAAAGCCUUAGCUGAUUUAGUGGCAAUCAUGAACCUCAUGCCCUACAGAAUUUUUGAAAGGCUUGGGCUUGGAGAACCAAAAUCCACCAUUAUGACAUUUGAUGAUCCUGGUGCUGCUAGUGGUGGUGAUGGUGCUGCUGGUGAUGCUGGAGGUGUCGCUAAAGCACGGGGUCUCAUAACGGAAGGGGUGACCCUGUCUCCAUUUGCUGUAGCUGUGGCUGAAGAGCAUGCUGAGACCCCUCAGCUGCAUCACCCAUACCCUUGCCCAUCUAUGUGUCCUGUAGGUGUGCUGAGGAGCCAAGCUGCAAAGGUAAUCUGUCGGGAGCUGCUCAUACUCCUCUGUAUUAGUGUAAGCCUCGUUGUAGAACCCAAGUCAGAUCAAAAACUGAGUCAAGCUCAUGCUAUGGUCACCGCCUUCAUCUCCUCCCGCCACCAUUCCGGCACCACCGCCCUCAUCGACGCCGCCACCGGCCAAAGCAUCUCUUUCCCCGCUCUCUGGCGUUCCGUCUCCUCCCUCGCCACCGCCCUCUCCACCCGCUUCUCUAUCCGCAAGGGCGACGUCGUCCUCCUCCUCUCCCCCAACUCCAUCUACUUCCCCAUCGCCUCCCUCGCCGUCCUCUCCCUCGGUGCCAUCCUCACCACCACCAACCCCCUCAACACUCCCGGCGAGAUCUCCAAGCAAAUCACUGACUCCAACCCCGUCCUCGCCUUCACAACCCUAACCCUAAUCCCCAAACUCUCCUCCUUCUCCUUCCCCGUCAUCCUCCUCGACUCCUCCUCCCCCAAAUCCUCCGACUCACGCAUCACCACCUCCAUCGAUGAACUCCUCCAAACUCCUCCAGAUCCAUCAAUCCCUCACGAAUCCAUCAGCCAAGACGACCCAGCCACGCUCCUCUACUCCUCGGGAACGACAGGGAUGAGCAAAGGCGUGAUCUCAACUCACCGAUCACUGAUCUCCAUGGUCGCGAUCAUCCUCAACCGAUUCAAACUCGAUGAAGCCGCCGGCAUCCAGACCUUCAUCUGCACCGUCCCCAUGUUCCACAUCUACGGCCUGGCAGCGUUCGCCACCGGGCUCCUCGCAUCCGGCUCCACGGUGGUGAUCCUUUCCAAAUUCGAGAUGGGAGACAUGCUAAGCGCGAUCAACAAGUACAACGCCACAUUCCUGCCACUGGUGCCGCCGAUCCUCGUGGCGAUGCUGGCAGUGAGCAAGCCGCUGCCAUUGGGGCCACUCAGGAAGAUGCUCUCCGGCGGGGCACCGCUGGGGAAGGAGGUGAUCGAGGGGUUCAAGGAGAGGUAUCCGAUGAUCGAGAUCUUGCAAGGUUAUGGGUUAACGGAGAGUACUGCGAUCGGAGCGUCGACGGAUUCGUCGGAGGAGAGUCGGAGGUAUGGUACUGCUGGGAUGCUGUCGCCGAACACGGAGGCGAAGAUCGUGGAUCCGGAUACCGGCGUAUCAUUACCGCCCAAUGGAGUGGGUGAGCUCUGGCUUCGCGGGCCUUACCUCAUGAAAGGGUAUUUCAAGAACGAGGAGGCGACGAAGGGAACGCUGGAUCCAGAGGGAUGGCUAAAGACUGGUGACUUGUGCUACAUCGACGACGAUGGGUACCUAUUCAUCGUCGACCGUCUCAAGGAGCUCAUCAAGUAUAAGGGUUAUCAGGUGGCGCCGGCGGAGUUGGAGGCUUUGUUGCUCACUCAUCCAGAUAUCACUGAUGCUGCUGUCAUUCCGUUCCCAGAUAAAGAUGUGGGGCAGUUUCCCAUGGCAUAUAUUGUGAGGAGACCUGGAAGUGAUUUAUCUGAUACUACUGUUAUGGAAUUUGUUGCCAAGCAGGUGGCUCCGUACAAGAGAGUGAGAAGAGUAGCAUUUGUCCAAGCAAUACCAAAGAACCCAUCUGGGAAAAUACUCAGGAAGGAUUUGAUCAAGCUUGCAACCUCCAAACUCUAAGAUAAUAACUUAAUCAGCCUCAAAUCAAAUACACAUCAGCUUUUUAUUUACCCUGCUGGAUCAAGGAUGAGUUUUAUUAUGGAGUCUACAUUGUAUAUGAUGAAGUUUAUAUGUUGUGUUAUAGGCUUGCCCAAUGUUUAUGCUAUUGUUUCCUCCUACAUUGUAUGUGUGUGUGUUUUAUUUUUCUUUUUUGUCCCAUUUUAUCAAAUAAGUGUUUUAUAUGA